AUGAAAGAUUUAAAUCCAAGUUGGAAGGAAACAGGUCGACUGAAGGUACCACUUCCAUUGGAGACGGAAGUGUUACAAACUGGUGGUAUUCCAGGAGGUACAACAAGUGCUGGUACUAAAAGUAGAAAAGACAAAACUGGUUCUUUGAUACUUAAAACAACGGGAGCAGCUGCUGCGACAGAAGCUGCAGCAAUGGGCUAUCGACAAUAUCAUCCGUGUGCACCGGAACUCUAUGUACAGAUUUUUCAUCGCUCGGAAGAGACGAAACGUGCGACUCGAACGUCACAGUUGUCGGGAGCUUCUCAUGUAGCUGCACUAGGUCCAGAUGAUAAACUUAUUGGGGCUGUGGUGGUACCGUUGCUACCGUGUUUAAUGACAAGUGCGUCAAGUUCUCGUGGAUGGUAUCAAUUAACGGAUGAAGAGUCGCAAAAAGCGGGACAAUUGCAGCUUUCAAUAACCUUUGAUGUUUCGGCUGCUACUCACAACUUGGAGCCACGGAAAGGAGAUAUUAUACGACUUACAGGUUUUGGAGGACUAGAGUAUUACUCGAAAAUAUUGCCCCCUGGUGUGAGACUUGAAGUACUGGACAUGUUUCAGGAUCAAGUGUUUGCACAGACGCGUAGCCAAGAAGGAUGGUUGCUGAGUUUUGAGCUGCAUCGUAAUCUGGUGCAUGUUGAACGCCGUCCGUCUAUCCUACAUGAUGCUUCCGAGCAACUGCACAAUCAAGUGGCACGAGUGUACCAAUUUCGUGCAGUCAUGGGUGCGAAGCGUGUUUGGCGAGCUCUGCCAGAUACACCACGAGCUCAACUCGAAAGCUCGGCUGCAUUUGUGGCCUUCUUUGGCACCCAGGCGUACUCCACGAUGAUGCACAGUGUGCACGAUCUCCUGCGUUCUGGUGUGUAUUCUGGCGUACAUACGUUCAUGUCGAGUUCAAGGGACGCGUAUGGUCAGGUAAAAGACGAGUUUGUACGUGUUUACUGGAGCGCGCCAAGGCGUGUUACCUCUGGGAACUUUAACGGCGGCUACGAUGAUGACCUGAUCGACUGUGGACCACGCACCAAUCGUGGGCAUAUUGUGCGUGCCUUCACGGCUGCAGACCGCUUGGCCAUUGAUUUUGAAGACCACGAGGAGGAGGUGAUGACGCACUGGAAAACAUACGAGGACAGCGAUGACUUUAAGCAGCAAGAAGGUGAAGCAGGUGAAGAAGGCGACGAAGACGAGCCUGUACCCGAGCAACUUAUCGGCCCUAUCACUGGGUGCCCAAUGUUGGACCCUGUUGUAGCUGCAGAUGGACACAGUUACGAAAGGGAGGCUAUUCUACAGUGGUUCGCAACGAGUGACAUCUCUCCUAUGACGGGCAUGCAUAUGCCUACAAAGCAGAUAUUUUCGAACUUUACGUUGCGCCAACUUUCCGAGGAGGUUCAGGCCGCAGCUACACGUCGUCAACAGGCCAAGCGACGCCGUCACCAUCGCCACAGCGCUACACUUGCUCAAGUCGAUGAGCAAGCUUUGAUUGAAGAAGAUGAACUUGAAGAUAAAGCGGCAUCCAGUGAAGGAAGUCAAGAUUGA